AUGCGUUUCGCUGUUGCUACCGUUGCCCUUUUCGCCGGCCUGGUUGCCGCCCUCCCCAACGGCGCUGAGUCCACCGUCUACCAGACCGAGGAGGUUACCAUCACCUCUUGCGCCCCUACCGUCACUGACUGCCCUGCUCGUGCCACCGAGACUGGCGUCGGUGCUACCGGCAGCGCUGUCCCCACCUCCGUUGUCACCCCCUCCGUCCCCGCUGGCGGUGUCUCCCCCGUUGGCAGCUCUUCCUGGUCCAGCGCCCCGGCUCCCGCUCCCACCUCCACCUCCACCUCCGUGGCCACUGCCCCCCGCUGGUCCCUCCGUGACUGUCGUCCCCGUUGUCCACACCACCUGCGCUGUUGUGACCUCCUGGUCGACCAUCGCUGUCCCCACCGCCUCCUCCCCUGUUGGCGGCUCCAGCGGUUCUUCCCACGUCCCCUCCAGCGUUGCUGCUGCCAGUUAACAUCUCUCGAUAGCUCCGCCACCGCCAAGCCCUCUUCCACCCCCGCCUUCAACGGUGCCGGUGCUCUGUCUGGCUCCCUCGGCUUCGCCGGUGCUGCCGCCGCCGCCGCCUUCUUCCUGGCUUAA